CUUUCAUUCCCAUCCGUCCAACUCUUUCACCCGUUAUCUCAUCAUUGUUGAAUGUAAUCAAUCGCUCCAUUCGCUCCUCCCCUAUCGGCUACGCCCCCAAUCAUGCGGGGACUCCGCUUAAUCCCCUUCAUCGCAAGUCUUGGCGUUCUCCCUCAAUCGUGGGCCCGGGAGGAACCGAGCUUAGGCUUCACCAACAUCCAUGAGCCUGGUCGUUGUGCAAUCCGGGGCCAUUGCGGAAAGAAGUCAUUCUUUGGUGGGGAGCUCCCCUGUCCGGAUAAUGGCCUGGCACAACAGCCCGAACCAGCGGUGAGAAAGAAGCUGGUAGAUCUCUGUGGUAGCAAAUGGGAAGAAGGCCCUGUGUGCUGUCUGGAUGAGCAAAUCGAUGCUCUCUCCAAGAAUCUCAAACUCGCCGAAGGUAUCAUCGCGUCAUGUCCCGCUUGCAAGGAUAAUUUCUUCAACAUCUUCUGCACGUUCACCUGCUCCCCUGACCAGUCCUUGUUCGUCAACGUCACCGAUAUAGACGAGGCCCGCGGCGGAAAACAACUUGUCACCGAAAUCGAUAACAUUUGGUCCGAACAGUAUCAAAGCGGUUUCUACGACAGCUGCAAGAAUGUCAAGAAUGGCGCGUCAGGUGGUAAAGCCAUCGACUUCAUCGGUGGCGGUGCCAAGAACUACUCCCAAUUUCUGAAGUUCCUGGGCGACAAAAAGCUUUUGGGGAGCCCAUUCCAGAUUAACUUCAAGACCGAGCCUGCGGGUUCAGAUCCGGAGGGAAUGAAGGCAUUACCAAUCAAGCCCAAGGCGUGCAACGACGCUGAUGAGGCAUUCCGUUGUUCUUGCGUUGACUGCCCCGAUGUGUGCCCGGAGCUACCUGCCAUAGAAACAGACAAGUACUGCCAUGUUGGCCUAUUGCCUUGUCUGUCGUUCGCAGUCAUCCUCAUCUACUCGGUCUUUUUACUGGUUGUCGUCGCUUUCUCCAGCUAUUUCACCUACCGAGAACGCCGCUACCGGAAACCCGAACGCGUCAGACUCUUGCAGGAUCCCGCCCCUAGUGAUGAUGAGGACGAAGGUGACAUUGUUCGUGCAGGUGGUUAUAUCGAGCAGCCCAACGGUGUGUAUAAGCUGAACUCUGUGCUGGACAGAAUGUUCAACAGAAUCGGUGGUGCCUGCGCUCGGUUUCCCGCCAUCACAAUUAUUUGCAGUAUUGUCGUGGUCGUUUUACUGAGCCUUGGUUGGUUCCGAUUUGCCGUGGAGACAGACCCAGUUCGUCUUUGGGUAAGUCCCACCUCGGCAGCGGCACAAGAAAAGGCCUACUUCGAUGCCAAUUUCGGGCCGUUCUACCGGGCAGAACAAGCGUUUCUCGUUAAUGACACGUCCUCAGGGGAUGGGAGCGUUCUGAGCUACGACACUCUAAGUUGGUGGUUUGAUGUGGAGUCUCGAGUGCGCCGCAUGAUCUCUCUUGAUCGAGGGCUAAUCCUCGAUGACAUUUGCACAAAGCCUACCGGUGAAGCCUGUGUCAUCCAGUCUCUGACUGGUUACUUUGGAGGAUCGGUGGCAAAUCUGGACCCAGACACGUGGGAGGCACGGCUUAAGCAUUGCGCGGAUUCACCUGGUGAUGUGAGCUGUCUCCCAGACUUCGGACAACCACUAAGGCCAGAAAUGAUUUUGGGCGGCUAUGGAGAGUCAAGAGACGUCUUAGACGCCCAAGCACUGAUUACAACAUGGGUUGUGGACAACCACGCGCAGGAUACAGAAGGUGAAGCUAAUGCCAUUGACUGGGAAAAUAGCCUCAGACGCAUUCUGGAAGUGGUGCAAGAAGAAGCCAAGGAGCGUGGACUACGUGUUUCGUUCACCACGGAGAUCAGUGUUGAGCAAGAGUUAAACAAGUCCACGAACACCGACGCAAAAAUCGUGGUCAUCAGCUAUAUCAUCAUGUUCUUAUAUGCAUCCCUGGCUUUGGGUUCUGUCACAGUUACGUGGAAAUCCUUGUUCACCAAUCCUGCGAACGCGUUGGUCCAGUCCAAGUUCACCCUGGGAAUUGUCGGCAUCCUCAUUGUUCUGAUGUCAGUCUCGGCGUCGGUUGGAUUGUUUUCUGCAGCUGGCAUAAAGGUCACCCUGAUCAUUGCCGAGGUCAUUCCAUUCCUCGUUCUGGCGGUGGGUGUAGACAAUAUUUUCUUGAUUGUUCACGAGUUUGAACGAAUCAACGUCAGUCACCCUGAUGAAGAGAUUGAUGAGAGGAUCGCCCGUGCCGUGGGCCGAAUUGGCCCCAGUAUCUUCCUAUCUGCACUUACGGAGACUGUCGCUUUCGUCAUGGGUGUCUUUGUGGGGAUGCCUGCUGUGAGGAAUUUCGCUGUUUAUGCCGCUGGUGCAGUCUUCAUCAACGCAGUCUUGCAAAUCACCAUGUUCAUUUCGGUUCUGGCCUUGAAUCAGAGGCGCGUUGAAAGCCUCCGCGCCGAUUGCAUCCCGUGUCUGACCGUCCGUAAAGCGCAUUCCGGCAUGUCUGAAGACCAGCUUCUUGAUCACCAGGAAGGCGAAAGCGCUCUACAGGUGUUUAUACGCAAGGUGUAUGCAUCUUCACUCCUUGCACGUAGGGUCAAAGUCAUCGUUGUGAUUACUUUCCUUGGCCUUUUGACUGCUGGGCUUGCUUUGAUUCCCAAAGUGGCUCUUGGCCUGGACCAACGCAUCGCUCUCCCAAGCGAUUCUUAUCUCAUCCAAUACUUCAAUGACUUGGACGCUUACUUUGGAAGUGGGCCUCCGGUUUACUUUGUGACACGCAACGUAAACGUUACUGAACGUCACCACCAGCAACAACUUUGCGGACGCUUCACGACAUGCGAGGAGUUCUCUUUGCCCUUUGUGCUCGAGCAGGAGUCGAAACGGUCUAAUGUCUCAUACAUCUCAGGAUCCACGGCUAGCUGGAUCGAUGACUUUUUCUACUGGCUUAACCCCCAACAAGACUGCUGCAAAGAGGGUGACGAGAUCUGCUUCGAAGACAGGACACCCGCCUGGAAUAUUUCGCUUUAUGGUAUGCCUGAAGGAGAUGAAUUUAUUCACUAUGUGGAGAAGUGGAUCGAAUCUCCUACCGAUGCGUCCUGCCCGUUGGGAGGCAAGGCGCCCUACAGCAAUGCCCUUGUUAUCGACCAGAAACGCGUCAUGACCAACGCCAGCCAUUUCCGGACCUCACACACCCCCUUGAGGACGCAAGAUGACUUCAUCAAGUCAUACAUUUCUGCCCGUCGUAUAGCCGAUGGCAUCUCCAAGGAGCAUGGAAUUGAUGUAUUCCCAUACUCCAAAACCUACAUCUUCUUUGACCAAUACGUCUCCAUCGUACGGCUCACGGGUACAUUACUGGGCUUCGCUGUUGCGAUCAUCUUCGCAUUAACCUCCAUCAUCCUUGGAUCCGUGGCAACUGGCGCGGUGGUCACUACGACCGUUGUCAUGAUUCUGGUUGACAUUAUGGGUGCCAUGGCCGUAGCUGGCGUGUCGCUUAACGCAGUUUCACUGGUGAAUCUUGUUAUCUGCGUUGGUAUUGCAGUAGAGUUUUGCGCACAUAUUGCUCGCGCGUUCAUGUUUCCUUCCCGUGCCAUUAUGGAGAAGGUGCCGACCAAAUUCCGGGGCAAAGAUGCGCGGGCGUGGACAGCUCUGGUCAACGUUGGCGGCAGUGUCUUUAGUGGUAUAACGGUGACCAAGCUCCUGGGGGUAUGCGUGUUGGCCUUUACUCGCAGCAAGAUUUUUGAGAUCUAUUACUUCCGAGUGUGGCUGGCUUUGAUCUUAUUUGCUGCCACCCAUGCUCUCAUCUUCUUGCCAGUAGCACUCAGCUAUUUUGGUGGCGAGGGUUAUGCUGACCCGGGGGCUGAUGGCGGUCUUGAAGAGAAUCUUGCGUCCAGGGGCUACCGUUCCCUGCUGGGCGACGACGAUUACGACUCUGACGAAUAUUAGACGCUCGUAGCGCCGGAACGCACCGUCUUAUACAGCAAAACAUGAUAUCACGUCUUAUGAACCCGUUGAUAAUUCCACCAUCAACUGAUAGGACCUGAGACCAUACUCGGCAGACGAAGCUGUACACCACAUCUAUAUAUUUUUGAAAGUUAUACCAAGAUGGUCGGGAGUUAGCACGGUUUAAUCGGAGUUGGGUCAAUGAAACUUGGUUACUCAGUGUACACUGAAAAGUAGUAGUAGU